CAAUAUGCACAGACGCAAAAAUAACUCACACUCAAACACACUCACUGGGUGUACGGAACUCCGUUGGUUUUUGUAAUAUUUGUUUGACCGGCGGCGCCACCAGCACCACCACAAAAGCCGUAGAAAAAGUCUCUUACCCUCUUCCUCUCCUACCACAUGUCACCACACUCCUCAACUCUCCAUUGCUUUCUUCUUUUCUAAUCUAUUUUUCAUCCACAAAAACAAAGCCAUGAGCCCAUGACUCUUACUAAAAACAAGGACUAGUUCCUCUUUUCACCAUACAACUCUACAACAACCUUUCACUAUACAAGAACAAACAACUCAACCCUUCUGUCCCAUUAAUCUUCUUUCACUUCAUUAAAUUUCCUAGAUUUCCUUUUCCUUUUUUAACUUUUUUUUUCUUUUCAUUGUAUGGCUUUUAUUCUGGAUCAACAAUCAAACUUUAAACACUUUUGUAAAAUUUGCAAGAAAGGGUUUGGCUGUGGGAGAGCGCUUGGUGGGCAUAUGAGGGCGCAUGGAAUUGGCGACGAGAGUGGGAACAUUGGCGACGAUGAUCCUGCCAGUGAUUGGGAAGACAAAUUCGGAGGGAAUGUGCCACCUAGCAACAAGCGCAUGUACGCAUUAAGAACAAACCCUAAUCGAUUAAAGAGCUGUAGGGUUUGUGAGAAUUGUGGGAAGGAGUUUUUGUCAUGGAAAUCUUUUCUUGAGCACGGUAAAUGUAGCUCUGAGGAUGCUGAAUCGCUUGUGUCCUCACCAGGAUCAGACGGUGACGAUGGCGUCACAAGGAGAGGGUGCGGUUGGUCUAAAAGGAAAAGAUCAUUGAGAACUAAAGUGGGAAAUUUCAACUCCAAUUGCCCAUUAAGUGAAGAGGAAGACCUUGCCAAUUGCCUUAUGAUGUUAUCUAAUGCAACCGUUGAUCCUUUUGUAACCGAGCCCGAGGAGUCUUGUGCCUCCGCUAGCAAAGAAGAAGAAAGAAGAAAUACAAUGAAUUUCAUUGCUCCAAUUACAUGUAAGGUACCUAUGGACAAGGCCAAAGGUGUAGCCAAAGGGCUGUUUGAGUGCAAAGCAUGCAAGAAAGUGUUCAAUUCCCAUCAAGCAUUGGGUGGACAUAGAGCUAGCCACAAGAAGGUUAAGGGAUGUUUCGCAGCCCGGCUUGAUCAUAUGGAUGAUAGUCAAGCUGAUGAAGACCACGAUGUUAUCACACACGAAGAGUUUUUUCCCACAAAAUGUACGUCGACUUUGCAAUUUGAUCAAGGAAUUACUAGUACUCCAUCGGCCUCUACAUCCAAAAGGAAAUCAAAAGUACAUGAAUGUUCAAUCUGUCACCGGGUUUUUUCAUCAGGACAAGCAUUGGGAGGGCAUAAAAGAUGUCAUUGGAUAACUUCAAAUUCGCCUGACACUUCCUCUUUGGCUAAGUUUCAUCAGUUUCAAGGUCACAUGGAGCAGAUUCAGCAAAGACCAAAGUUCAAUGACAAUUCUGAGCCUCUCGAUCUUAAGCUUGAUCUCAAUCUUCCUGCUCCAGCUGAUGAUCUUGUACGACGGCACCUCAUUAAUCCAGCAAGUUUUGACGUUUCAACAGCAAUUUAUUUGCAGCCUUGGAUAGGCAUUGAUGCCAAAGAAAAGGAUGAUAAUCAACACCAACUGCAAGUUGACAACGAUAACAACAAUGAUGUGAACAAUAAUUGUAAUAGUUCUAUGCAAAAUGCGGAUGGCGAAGCAGACAGUAAGGUGAAGUUAGCAAAACUAAGUGAACUAAAGGACAUCAACACGAGUGGAGGUUCUUCUCCAUGGCUGCAAGUUGGGAUUGGUUCAACCACUAAUGUUGGCUCUGACCCUUAAAUUUUGUGAUGCAUUUCAUUAUGAGAACAUUCUCAUUCAUAUUUUACUUUCAAACUUUUUAUUGACAUUUUGUAUUUAUGUAUUAAAAUAAGAAACUGUAAUUACAAAUUUAAUCAAACAUGUUCAUUAAUGUUGGCAAAAUUGCUUUUCAAGUGUUUACACAUGCAUGAAUUGUGUCAACUACUUAUUCUCUUUGGUCCUGUCUUUGGUACAGUGUUCAAGCUUUCUUAAUUUCAACUUUGUAUUUGUGUUUUU